AGGAUAACUUCUCACUUGGAGACCGACUGCAGGAGCCAACAAUCCGCUUGUGGCGAGGGCAGACCGAUCCUCGUCUCUAACUUCUUUCCCUCUGUCUUUCGGGGUCUUGGCGCAUAACCAUCGGGAGCUACCCUCGAACGCUGAAGCCUCAACAUCACGGCGCUCCGAGACUCGGUGGUAUCUUCCCGGGAACGAACGACUCAGUCCGAAAAUGGCGAAAAUUGGAGAGCCACUCCCCGGUCGCGAAGAAAUUGUCGUGAAUUUGAAGCCUCUGUAUCUUGACUUUGAUGGCACCCGGAUGGCGAAACUUUUCACGGUAAAGUGUUUCAGGGAGGCUGUCAACUAUAAACCUCGGCCCGACGACAUCUUUAUCGCAACAUUCCCGAAAUGUGGGACUACGUGGAUGUCCGAGAUAACCUAUCUGAUCUUCCACCACGGCAACUCCCCGAAUUCUCACCUUGACCGACUGCAAAGCACGCCUUUCAUCGAAAUGACGGGUGAAGCGGGUCCCCGGAACAUGGCUCGACCCGGAUGCAUCAAAACUCACCUCCCGCGGAAUUUGGUUCCGUACUCGGACGACGCCAAGUACAUUUAUGUCGUGAGGAAUCCGAAAGAUUGUGCGGUCUCUUACUUCCAUCACCAGAAGAAAACUUUCUCCGCAUACGAGUUCGAAGACGGGUCUUUCGAUGAGUUUUUCGAGUUAUUCUUGAAGGGAGAAACCGAAUACAACGACUAUUUCGCCCAUCUUUUGUCGUGGUACCCGCAGACCAAGAAGCCGAAUACAUUUUUGAUUCAUUACGAAGACUUGAAGAAAGAUCCCAGAUCUGAAAUAUUGAGGUUGGGAAAGUUCCUCGGAGAGGACUACUACAAGUCAAUGCUUGAGAGCAACCUCAUCGACAAAAUUGUUGUUGGUUGUCAUGUCGACACCAUGAAGAAACAUUACGAGAGAUUUGACAUUCCCAUAGAGGGAGUGCAAAAUGCGGGCGUGGCUAAUUUCGUCAAGAUGAACAUUAAGCAAAAAACGGAGGAGGGCACCAUCAGACUGCCCGGGUUCGUUCGACAAGGCAAAGUCAACGGUUGGAAGGACAUGUUCACGGCAGAAAUGAAUUCCAGGAUGGAGAGGAAAAUUUUCGAGACUCUGGAGCCUGUGUGUCCGGAAAUUGUGCAGAAGUGGAGAGAUCAUAACAUUUUAUCUUGAGCUGAAAUCGGAUGAGUCGGACCGCGGGGGCUACAAGCUCUACAUAUAUUCCGAGACCGAUAGUUCGAGAGCGUUUCGAGCAUUUGUACUCCUGUAGGCGAGGCAUGACUGCAUGGCGAUAUGUGGGCAUCAUGUCUAGAGCACA